AUGAGAAUUCCAGGAAAUAGGUCAGUACCCGGGCAUAAAUACCCAGCAGUUAAUAGUGGAGGAAUCAAAGACAUUGAGAACUGGAAACAGUCAAGUUACUACAGCAAAAGCUUUUAUCACUCGGCGGCGAUUUUCUCACCCGAGGAGCACCCAGUACUUCUGACAGAGGCACCACUCAACCCCAAGUCUAACAGAGAGAAGAUGGUGCAGAUCAUGUAUGAAACAUUCAACACUCCAGCCUUCUAUGUGGGUAUCCAGGCGGUGCUGUCGUUGUACGCCCUGCCCCAUGCUGUCCGGAGAAUGGACCUGGCUGGCCGCCACCUGACCUCCUACCUCAGCCGGAUUCUGCACGAGAGAGGAUACAACUUUACUACAUCAUGUGAGUGGUCAUUCAUAUCUUACAUCAAGGAGAAGCUCUGCUAUGUUGCCAUGGACUUCGAGUCAGAGAUGGUGUCAGCUGCACAGUCCAGCACCAUUGAAAAAGGAUACGAGCUGCCGGACGGGUCUGUGAUAACUAUCGGCAAUGAGAGGUUCCGAGCUCCAGAGUGUCUGUUCCAGCCAAGCUUCAUGGGUAUGGAGAGUACAGGCAUCCACGAGAUGGUCAACAGCUCGGUGGUAAACUGUGACAUUGACAUCAGGAAGGAUCUGUACAGCAACGUGGUUCUGUCAGGGGGAUCAACAAUGUAUCCAGGUCUGGCAGACCGAAUGGUGAAGGAACUGAGCUCCAUCGUGCCAUCUUCAAUCAAGGUCAAGGUUAUAUCUCCACCUGAACGGAAGUACUCGGUGUGGAUCGGCGCCUCCAUCUUGGCCUCGCUUUCAACCUUUCAACAAAUGUGGAUCUCCAAGCAGGAGUAUGAUGAAUGUGGACCAAGCAUUGUUCACAAGAAGUGUUUCUGAGUGUCAUGUUGUGACAGGCAGUUGGCAUUGACGAAGCCUGCUAUAAAUCUUUGACUGGUGGGGACCAGGGCGGAACAGGUCUUUAAGACGCUCCAAAAG